AUGAAUCGGAGCUUCAUAGCGCCGGAAUCGAAAAUGCCAGACGCGUUCAAGCAGAGGCAGCAGCAAUUGGGGCCUCUCAGGUCCUCUGCGCGCGCCAGGGACAGGGACGAGGAACUCGCGUUGUUCCUCGAAAUGACGAACCGUGAGAAGGAGCGCAACGAUCUCCUGCUUCGCGCCGUAGAGGAUUUGGACAGUGCAGCCGCGUUAGGCUCAAAUCCAGGCAAUUCUCCCUUCUUUAACAUUCCCUCUUCCAUGGCGGCGCUGGUGCGAAAGACUGGUGCUGACGAUUUUCUCAAUUCGGAGAAUGAUAAGAAUGACUAUGACUGGCUUCUAACCCCACCAGGGACUCCCCUUUUUCCUUCUCGGGAGAUGGAAUCAACAAAAACUGUUAUGAGUCAGCUUGGGACUCCAGCUGUACGUCCUACAGCAUUAAAAGCUAGAUUGGCAAAUCCUCCUUCCGAACAUACUGGAAGGAUAAACUUAGUAUCUAAACAACCAGCCUCCUCCCCUGGGUUGACCUCUUCAGGUGGUGGAAUUAGGAGGCCCUCAUCAUCAGGGAAUCUGUCAGAACUUACAGGAAGAAGCAACUUUGUAUCUAAACAAUCAGCCUCCUCCCCAGCGUUGACUUCUUCAGUUGGGGGACAUAGGAGGUCCUCAUCAUCAGGGAAUCUGGGAUCUAGAUCUGCAACUCCUAGUGGACGACCUACAUUGACGACAGUUUCAAAAUCAUCUAGAUCUUCAACACCCACUUCUCGGACAACCAUACCUUCGACUAGGGCAAUGGUAGCUACUAUCAAGACCCCAGUUUCCUCAGCCAAGCCCGUGGAUUCUGCUUCCAAGACUGUAGUUUCUGUCGUUAAAACUACUAUAGCACCUGCAGCUAAAACCACAAUUCCAUCGAGAUCCUCUACACCUUUGUUGAGAUCUGCUGCAAGAUCAUCGACACCAACAACCAGACCUACCUUACCUGCAUCGAGGCCUACUUCAAGGGCAUCAACCCCAACUAGGCGACCCACAACACCAUCUAAUGUACCCACCGUAUCUUUGCCUUCAGUUAAGACUUCUUCAAUCUCCAAGUCAGCUCCUGUGAUGUCAAGGCAGCCAGUAACACCUGGGACUUCACCAACUAUGAAGUCAAGACAGUGGAAGCCAACUGAGAUGCCUGGCUUUUCACUCAAUGCUCCACCCAAUUUGCGGACAACGCUCCCAGAAAGGCCACUGUCAGCAACUAGGGGGAGGCCUGGAGCACCCAGUCAACGGUCCUCUUCUGUUGAGCCUCCUUCUAUUGGCAGACCAAGGCGGCAAUCAUGCUCUCCUUCAAGAGGACGUUCCCCCAAUGGUAUUUCCCGUCCAACUGGAAGCUCUAUGCCGGCAGUUAAUCGUGGGUACUCUAGAGCGAAUGACAAUGUCAGUCCUGUUGUAAUGGGCACCAAAAUGGUUGAGAGGGUAAUAAAUAUGCGGAAAUUAGCACCACCAAGGCUCAAUGACAAGAACUCUUCCCAGAAUCUUUCUGGCAAGUCAUCUUCGUCUCCAGAUAGCUCUGGUUUUGGGAGAUCACUCUCGAAGAAAUCCUUGGAUAUGGCAAUUAGGCAUAUGGAUAUAAGGCGAAGGGUUCCAGGCAAUUUACGGUCAUCAUUGAUGACAAACAUUCCGGCGUCUUCAAUGUAUAGUGUGAGGUCUGGGCUUCCGCGUAGCCGAACUGUUUGUAUUUCGGGCUCUCCUCAUGCCACUAGCAGUAAUGCUAGUUCUGAAGUGAGUGUAAACCCUAAUGGUCUAUGUUUAGAUAAUAGUGAAAUAGACGAUGAUAUUGGCAGUGAGAGAAGUGAUCAAUCUCCUGCCAGUGUGCGGGGUAGGUAA